UGUUGCGACGUUGAAGUAAUAUUCUGAGGUAACAGAAUUUUAUGUCGUGUUUCAUGUGGGCAAAUACGUUGGCCCAAAGAUGGGAGGAACUGAGGAUGAUGGCGGAGACUCUUUGUGUAAAAUAUGCAAACACGAAGUAAAAGACAAUGAACAUGGUCUUUUAUGUGAAGGAAAAUGCCAAUCUUGGUAUCACAUAACUUGUCUGGGUAUUACUAGUCAGCUAUAUAAAAAAAUGUAUGGAGAAAUUCUGAAGAUCCUUAUUUGGAUGUGCCCUUCUUGUAAGAAACAGCUUAAGCAAUUAAUGGAACUGGAGACCUGUGCUGAUAAGAUGAAGACUCUUUGUGACAAAUUUGCAAAUAUUGAAGGAAAAGUUAAUAGCAUAUCCGAAAGUAUGGAGAAGUCCUUUUCAAAGCCUACAUAUUCACAAGUUGCAAUCUGUAACAAGCAGUUUUCCGUGGCAAAACCUGUAAAUCUGCCCAACUUGAUAUAA